AUGAAACUUUUGCCCAUUUGCACUUGGCUUCUAUGCCUUUUGGUUUUCAUCGUGUGCUUGGGAUCUGAGUGUGGGAUUCUACGGCGAAAUGCGAGGUCUAAAAGAGACUUGGUGCGCAUCAGGGAAGCCAGAAGUACCUUCCCAGGAGCCUGUGCCACACGCUUGCCUCGGGGCAAACGCUCACUUCCCGGGAUAGAUCGGCGCUCCCCUCGCCUGUCACAGGCGGGGGAAAGCACACCGGCUCGGCGGAGGGCUGUUUACUUUACCGGCAGAGGAGACCAACUACGCCUGAAACCAAACGCAGAGGUGCCAAGAAGUAAUUUCACCCUGGAAAUGUGGAUAAAACCGGAGGGUGGCCAACGCUCUCCAGCUGUUAUCGGAGGACUCUAUGAUAAAUGCUUCUAUGCAUCCAGCGAUAGAGGAUGGCUGGUCGGCAUCAAAGCAGUCAGCGACCAAGUCAAUCGUGACCCUCGCUUCUUCUUCUCCCUCAAGACCGACCGAGCCCACAAACUUACCACCAUCACCUCCAACGCACCCUACGUUCCCAACCAAUGGUCACACCUGGCUGUCACCUACAAUGGCCUCUUCAUGAAGCUGUACGUUAAUGGGGCGCAGGUCGCCGUCAGCCGAGACCAGUCUGGUGAGAUUUUCAGCCCGCUUACGAAGAAGUGCAAGGUGCUAAUGAUCGGGGGCAAUGCUUUAAACCACAACUACAGGGGAACAAUGGAACACUUGAGCCUGUGGCACAGGGCUCUAACCCAGCGUGAGAUCAUCAGGUACAUGGGUCGAGGUUACGGCACCUCCGACGUUGACCCCUCGCAGCUGGUCAUCCAUGAGAACUUCGAGAACAUGUCAAGAAGGUGGUUUACGGUAAAAGAUGGCAGCUUCCCUAGGUCGGAGCAUUCGGACAGGCCCCGGGCAGGUGAUCUCGGUGGUUCUCUCGACACUGGACUGAAACCUCCGCAUUGUGGGCAGACUGUGUGCGACAACGUGGAGGUGGUGACGAACUACUAUCAGCUCUGGAGCUUCCGUAAACCCAAGACGGUGCGUUAUCGAGUGAUAAACGUUUAUGACGAUGACGGACUGUGGCCGACGGUCACCGACCACCAGAUCAACCUUCAGCAUCAGCAUCUGAACAACGCUUUCCGAGUCUACAACAUCACCUGGGAGCGCACCAUCCACAACGUAUACAAUUCGUCCUUGCGUAACCGUCUGGUACUGGCCAACUGUGACAUCAACAAGGUGGGCGAUGAAGAAUGCGACCUGGAAUGUAACCACACCCUCACAGGCUUCGAUGCGGGAUACUGUAGGAGGCAGACGGCACGCUGUCCUGAAUACAAACAGGGGAACGGUGUUUGCGACCCAGAGUGUAACUGGGACAAUUACUAUUAUGAUCACGGAGAUUGCUGCAACCCCAACAUCACCGAUGUGACAAAGACCUGCUUUAAUCCUGCAUCACCCCUCAGGGCUUACAUGAAUGUGAAAGAGUUGAAAGAAGUUUUGAAUUUGGAUGGAUCCACACACUUGAAUGUCUUCUUUGCUAACUCAUCUGAUGAAGACCUGGCUGGUGUGGCAACUUGGCCCUGGGAUAAAGAAGCUUUAACACAUUUAGGUGGGAUCGUGCUAAACCCUUUAUUUUACGGCACAUUCGGCCACACUCACACCAUGAUCCAUGAAAUCGGCCACAGCCUCGGACUGUACCACGUCUUCAGAGGAAUCUCAGAGGUGGAGUCCUGCAACGACGCCUGUUUGGAGACCGAACCUUCCCUUGAAACGGGAGAUCUGUGUGCAGAUACCAACCCCACACCUAAGUACAAGUACUGCAGAGACCCAGAGCCGUGCAACGACACCUGCGGGAGACGUCACUUUAAAAAUACUCCCUUCAACAACUACAUGAGCUACGCCGAUGACGGCUGCACAGACUCUUUCACCAUGAACCAGGUUGCGAGGAUGCACUGCUACCUGGAUCUCGUCUACCAGUCUUGGAGACUUGUCAGUAAACCAGCUCCUGUUCCUCUACCUCCUCGAGUAACAGCGCAGGACCAGGACUCGCUUACGCUGGAGUGGUUCCCUGCACUCACUGGACAUUACUUUGACAGAGAAGUGGGAUCAGUUUGUGACAGAUGUACGGAGGUUGGCGUGCUCCUGCAGUAUGCCUCCAACUCCUCCUCGCCCAGACCCUGUGCCCCGUCCGGCUACUGGAGCCCUCGUGAGGCAGAAGGUCCACCUGAUGUGGAGCAGGCCUGUGAACCGAGCGUUCGCACUUGGAGUCCCAACGCUGGACUAGACUCGAGCAGCGUCGGCUCAGCAUCUUGCCCACCCCAGGGCUGCAUGCUCCAGCUAGAGUUUGCAUAUCCACUGGUACCCGACUUCCUCACCGUAUGGGUCACCUUCUUUUCUUCAGAGGACACCGGGCUGCCAGCAAUCCACGACGUCCUUCUUCUGACGCUCAGCGGUAACAACAUCUCACUGGGUCCACAGUACGUGUUCUGCGACACUCCAUUGACGCUCAAGAUCGACGUGAAGGAAGAGGUGUACGGGGUGCAGUUCUUCACCAUGGAGCAGCAUCUGGAAAUUGAUGCCACAUUGCUGGCUUCAAAGCCGGACAGCCCUCUGUGCCAGGCGUGUCAUCCUCUGCACUAUCGGCUGAUUCGCCAACCAUCAUUCACGCACGCGCCGCAUGGCCUGAUCCUUGAAGAACCAACUUUGAGAUAUGUGGACAGGGACCUAAAUCCUGAUGAGGCGUACAUCUACCACGUUGUGACGGUGUCUAAACAAGCAGAGAGUGAACCAUCCCCUCCUCUCUCUCACCAGCUGGGUUCACCUUUUUGUGGAGACGGACUUAUACAGAAGUAUCUUGGAGAACAAUGUGACGACAUGAACUUCGUCAAUGGAGAUGGCUGCUCAAACCAGUGCAAGAAAGAGUCGUCGUUCAACUGUGUCGAUGAGCCCAGCUUAUGUUACUUUUAUGACGGUGAUGGCGUAUGCGAGGACUUUGAGAGGGAAACGAGCGUAAGGGACUGUGGUCUCUACACACCAAGCGGCUUUCUUGAUCAGUGGGCCACGAGGGUGGAGGUGUCCAAUGAGGAGAAGCUCCACUGUCCUGCAGAAGUGGCCGUUGGAUAUCCCGCAGUGACAAAGAGCUGUCAGUCGAAGGUGUUUGACCUGUCACAUGGCGUGUCUCAGUACGCUUGGUUUCCAUGUGAGGAGUCUCAACAUCACAGAUGGUCUUCACAAUAUUGGCUAAAGGCCAUUUACGACCAUCCUAUGGUCGCAGCUGCUGUCAUCAUACACCUGGCUGCUGAUGGGACAGCUGACAUUGACCAGAGACAGCACAACAUCACCAUUCAGCUGGUAGACACAAAGGAUCAAACUCAUCCUCUUGGUGACUGGCGACUGAGUUGCCGUAACAAUCCACUAGUGAUUCCUGUGAGUCACGACCUGAGCAUGGCCUUCUACCGCACCAAGGAAAUUAUAGUGAGCUUCGGCUCUUCUCUGGUGGCCAUCUCAGGUGUGGGAUUGCGCUCCUUCCAGUAUUUUGACCCCAUCACUAUCAGUGGCUGUCAGAGCAAUGAAAUCUACAACCCCAUGGGCCAAAGUUGCGUUCAUUAUUCGUGUGACACCAUCGAAUGUAAGGAGCCAAAUGUCACGAACGCAGAAAGGAAAUGCAGCAGUCUUAAAUACUUCAAUGGAGUCCACUGCAACAUCACCUGUAACAGAGGAUACACGCUGAAGAUCCACAGAGAUGAUGACAUCAUCAAAACACAGUCUAAAUCCACGGUGACCCUCACCUGUGCAGAUGGAAAAUGGAACAAGCAGGUGACCUGUGAACCCGUGGACUGCGGGCGGCCCGACAAGUAUCACGUGCACCCGGCCGUCUUUGAGUUCACAGAAGGUACCACCUACGGCAAAAAGUGCACUUUUCAGUGUCGGGAGCCGGCUCAGCUUAUGGGCAGUAAUAAUGUACUGAUGUGCAUGGAAGACGGCAUGUGGUCCUUCCCCGAAGCUCUGUGUGAGCUCCGCUGUCCAGCCCCACCUCCGGUACCCAAUGCUGUCCUUCAGACCAAGCGCUGCAAUGCCACAGACCUCAAAGUUGGGUCCUUCUGCAAGUACAAGUGCAAGCCUGGUUACCAUGUUCCACAUGUAGAAAAGCCCAAGAGGGCGGGUCCUGUCACAUAUCAUCGACGUGCGUUUAAGAGACAGUGUACCGAAGAUGGAACCUGGCAGCCCGGCGAGUGCGUUGCCGUCACGUGCGAGCCGCCUCCCGCCAUCUUCCAUGGCACCUACAAGUGCACCAAUGGCUUUCAGUUCAACAGCGACUGCUGGAUCGACUGCGACCGGUCCAACCACACGGUCCCCCCAACCAAUGCGAUACGAUGUCGAAAGGACGGGAACUGGACCGGCUCCUUGCGACUCUGCCCCAACCUGACAGGACGGUGUUCUCUUCCACAAAACCUGAGCCCGGCCAUCCACCUCAGCUGCAAGACUGGACACGGCAUAGGAGAAGAGUGUGAGGUGUCAUGCAGAGAUGCCAGCAGCAGUGUGGUCCUCCUGCCCAGUAAUGUGCCCGUCGCUGACGUGAUGAAAGACCACUGGUGGAACCCACCCAAAGUUCAGAAUAUCAUAUGCACCAUGGGACUAAAAUGGUACCCUAAUCCCGAGUCUCUCCAUUGCAUCAAGGGAUGUGAGCCUUUCAUGGGUGAUAAUUAUUGCGAUGCCAUCAACAACCGAGCAUUCUGCAACUAUGAUGGUGGAGACUGCUGUCACUCUACUGUUAAAACUAAAAAGGUCUUUCCGUUCCCAACGUCAUGUGAUAUUCGAGAUGACUGUGCAUGCCGAGACCCCGAUGCCCAGGAAAACAACAAAGGAUUUCAUCAACGGUUCAUCGGCUGAGCUUCGAACCUCUGGUGGCACCCAAGGGUCCCGAUGGGAAAUCAUUUCUCCACAUGCUGCUUAUCAGAGGGUCUCUCCACUCACAUCACACUCCGACAUACCAGCCCACAUGCCCUUGUUUCCUCAUCCAACAGCCUAUGAGGGUAUGACACUUAAACGACCAAACGCAUCAACAAUAGAUUUCAAGUACUGUAGGGUGAAAAUGUGGAAGAUUUACAAAUGCAUCAUGGCAAUACAACCGUAGAUGUCCCCAAACUGAGGCUUAAACAAGCCUGUGGUGACAGUUUCGUUGUUUUAUGUUUGCUUUAAUUGAUCAUUAUUUGUAAACUGAGACCAUGGCGAUGUUGUUUUUACAUACUGUACAGCUAGAGGAAAAAAGGAGGGAAAGGGAAAAAACGUAUUCGUUGAUGUUCUACUGUUGUAUGAGAUGAAACAAAAGUGUUGAACGAAACCAUCAAACAAAAACCAGAUGAAUAAGACGACCCUUGAUAUUUUUCACCAUCCCCUCUGAUACUUUAUAGUCGACAGCUAAGCCAUUCAAAGUGUCCAUUCUUAUCUCCGUUCUUGUUGCUUUAUUGUGGAAAUACACAACUAGACCUAAACAAUGGAUAUGUAAGCCAAAUUUGUGUCACUGAAAUGAGAUGGGCUGCACACGAAUAGCUCGCACUCUUCUGAAUGUUUGUGGACUUAACCCAAAUAUGUCUGGUGACCUCAGAGCCUAAGUGGAUGAUGGGAAGGUUUUGCAGGGCUAGAUGUACGAGUGCAGCUGCUGUGGCCCUAAAUCACAUUCAUAAAUUCAUAUAUCAGCGAGAAAUAAAGCCAAAAAUCAUCGGAGGUAUUGAUCCAGUGAGUUACAACCACAGUUGCUGUUAGUUUUGCUGUCUCGGCCUUUGCAGUACGACAACACAGAUUUAUCAAGUAUUUCAUAUUUAAGAUUAAAUACUUUGCAUGUUGUUGUGUCCCAAUCUGCAUAUUACCCAUCCUAAAUAGUGUUCAAAAUGCUUAAAAUGUUAAAAAGAGUAACCAUAAAGUACCCAUGUGAUCUAUUUUCAAGUAAAAUUUUAAUCAAUGCAUACUUUCAAUCAAUGAGUGUGUUUACAUGCACAGAAUAAGUGGAUACCUACCAGUAUAAAGAAUUAGCUUAUUACAAAAACCUGUUUUCAUGCAAAACAAUAAACCAGCUAUGCAGAAAACUGCGUUUUCAUCGAAUUUGGUAUUGCAUAGUAUAAGUAGGCAAAUUUAGACGCAGCAUACACAUGCAAUUCUGUAAUUGACCCCAAUCCAGAUCCACACCUAAGUAUAGUUCCGUUUUUACGCAUAUGCACAUAGGCUGAGCUUCAAACCUCCGGUGGCACCCAGGGCUCCCGAUGGGAAAUAAUUUCUCCACAUGCUGCUUAUCAGAGGGUCUCUCCACUCACAUCGCACUCCGACAUACCAGCCCACAUUUUUACGCAUAUGCACGUACAGUGCGCGUGAUGCAAAUUUGUGGUAUGUAGCCCAAGGAGUUGCAAGGCAUUUUGUGGCGCAUGCAUCAAACAUCUGU